AUGUCUACAACAUUCCCUUCCUCACAUGUGGACCUUAUGGUUAAACACACUAAGGCAUUGCACGAAAACUUUACUGCAUUAUCUGACUUUAGAUUGAUAAAUAGACGAAUUUUGAACGAUUGUUCUAUUUUAAGUCCUUAUCUUAAACUCGAUAUCCAUUCAAAUUCAAACUUGUCAGAUGAGGAGUUUGUCACGGUGACGGUCACUGGAGUUUUCACACCAAGUUAUGGUGAUUGGGUUGCUAUGAUCUCACCUUCAAAUUCCAAUGUUGAAACUUGCCUUAAUAAUUUAUUCUAUUAUCAACAAACUGGUGAUACUGCUGCCAUACUUCCUCUGCUUUGCCAUUACCCUGUCAAGGCACAGUACUUGAAAAACGAUCCAGAUUACCUAAGUUGCAAAAAGAAAGAAUGCAAGAAAGAGCUUAAUGGAAAAUGCAUUGUGACAACUUGCAGUGGUUCAAUAAAGUUUCAUGUUAUCAACAUAAGAAGUGACAUAGAGUUUGUGUUCUUUACUGGUGGCUUUCUCACCCCUUGCCUUAUUGGAAGGUCCACUCCUUUGGGUUUUGCUAAUCCUAACAAGCCACUUUAUGGACAUCUCUCAAGCAUAGAUUCAACUGCUACAUCAAUGAGAUUGACAUGGGUUAGUGGAGACAAGGAACCUCAGCAAGUCCAAUAUGGAGAUGGUAAAACAGUUACUUCAGAAGUCACUACUUUUUCACAAGAUGAUAUGUGCAGUUCAGUGGUGCUGCCUAGUCCUGCUAAAGAUUUUGGAUGGCAUGACCCAGGAUUCAUCCACUCAGCAAUUAUGAAAGGACUCGAGCCAUCAAGUACCUAUUCCUACAGAUAUGGAAGUAACUCGGUUGAUUGGAGUGAACAAAUCAAAUUUUCAACUCCACCUGCUGGAGGAUCAGAUGAGCUCAGAUUCAUUUCAUUUGGCGAUAUGGGAAAGACACCUCUUGAUGCUUCAGAAGAACACUACAUUCAGCCAGGAGCUUUAUCAGUUAUCAAAGCUAUAAGUGAUGAUGUGAACUCCAACAAUGUAAACUCGGUGUUUCACAUUGGAGACAUAAGCUACGCAACUGGCUUUCUAGCAGAAUGGGAUUUCUUCAUGCACCUUAUUAGUCCUGUAGCUUCAAGAGUUUCUUACAUGACAGCAAUUGGGAACCAUGAGAGAGAUUAUGUAGAUUCUGGUUCAGUUUAUCGGCUUUUUGAUUCUGGUGGUGAAUGUGGAGUACCUUAUGAAACAUACUUUCCGAUGCCAACCUCAGCGAAGGAUAAGCCUUGGUACUCUAUUGAACAAGGAACUGUUCAUUUCACAGUAAUAUCUACUGAGCAUGACUGGUCACAAAAUUCUGAGCAGUAUGAAUGGAUGAAAAAGGACAUGGCAUCAGUUAAUAGACAACAUACUCCUUGGCUUAUCUUCAUGGGACAUAGACCAAUGUACAGUUCCACGCAAGGAAUUCUAUUUCCAUCUGCAGAUCAGAAGUUUGUUGAAGCUGUGGAGCCGUUGUUGUUUGAGAAUAAGGUUGACUUGGUUCUUUUCGGCCAUGUUCAUAACUAUGAGAGAACUUGUUCCGUUUAUCAGAAGAAAUGCAAAGCCAUGCCUAUAAAAGAUCAAAAAGGAAUAGACACUUAUGAUAACAGAAAUUAUAGUGCUCCUGUGCAUGCUAUCAUUGGCAUGGCUGGUUUCACCUUAGAGAAAUUCUCAAUCAAUGCUGAGAGCUGGAGCCUUAAAAGGAUUUCCGAGUUUGGUUAUCUAAGAGCACAUGCUACUAGGAAUGAUUUAAACCUAGAGUUUGUGACAUCAGAUACAAGAGAAGUUAAGGAUAGUUUCCGCAUAACAAAGUAAAAGCUCACUCGAGGAAAAAGCGAGGAACAAAUAUAGAAGUAGAAGGUCUAAUAAAGAUCAAGACAGACAGACAAAUAGAUAGAUAUAUAAUUUAGUACCACCUGAAGUUUACUAAAUUAUAUAGUCAUGAUUAAAUGGCCUGGAUUUUUUAUUUGAUGAAAAUGAACUUAUGAUAUAUGAUUAUUGAACUUGUUCUUAUUUAUACUCAAGGAUUAUGUAGAUUCUGGUUCAGUUUAUUCUUACUUGAUUCUGGUUCAGUUUAUCUCUAUUCCUCUCAACUUUUGUCAAAG